GGCAACUCACCAUGGCAACGCAGAUCGUCCACGGCAAGCUCCUCAAGCGCGACCGGACAUUCCACACGUGGAAGCUGCGGCAUGUACACAUGGACAAGGACAGCAUUACCUGCUUCAAUCACCGCGGCGCGCGACGCGGAGAGCUGUACAGACGUACCGGCACCGGUCCAGGAGAUGUAGGAUCAGUAGAUAUCUCCAUUCGACUCUUCGAAGCACCCAAGCCGCAUGGAUUUGAACUCCGCGUCCGCGACGACAAGCUGCUUUUUGCCGCGGAGACUGAAAAAGACCGCGACACGUGGGUGGACGCCCUCGUGGCGCAUUGGGGGGCGUCCCUGGACCAAGCUUCCGUCAACAUUUCAACUGACCGCGAUCGUAAUCCUGUCUUGCUGCGCUUCUCGACCGACCCCGCUCCGAUGGCAGCAGGUGCACAGACCGAGGCCGACCCGAUCAUUGAACCAACCGUCCUCGGGCCGCUCAUCGAGCCCUCGUCCACGAUUCAGUUCCCUGCCGUGCUGAAAGCAACCGGCGACGUCCUCAUGGGCGUCGGUCCGUUAGUCCGUCGCGUGCGGUGGACCGACGAGCCGAUCAUGGCGGUGGCGUUUUACAUCGACUCUGCGGACGUCGGCAAUUCCUUUGACGCAUUCCAGGCCCGGUCGCUCCCGAGUCUGUACGACGAUCCGUCCUUCUACGCCCAACUGAUGGACUCUCGCUUCCGGAAGACGUUUGUCUUUAGCUGUCGAAAGCGGCUUUCCCGCAGCGGACUCAUCGCCGUCCUCCACGACGAGCUGCGGCCGCGCGUCGGAGGCGCCGUCAACGAGCUCGUGGAGCUCACGACAUUUAUUGAAAAGUCGCUGCGCAAGGGCGAAACCAUGAUCUUUACCAUCCAUCCCGCCGCGAACGUGCUGGAUUUCCACUUCAAAGGGUUCUCCCACCCGUCUCUCGCCGCGCCCGCGCUGUGCCGAUGCAUCCCGUCGCUCUUCUUCGAUGCGAGCUCGAUCCAAGCCGAGGCCAAGCAAACUCUCAUCGAGCGCGUGCCGUACCUAUGGGGUCACUUUCCCGCGACUCCAUCCCACGCGUCGGCCGCCGCCGCCGCGGAAGUGCACGAGGCAUCGGCCAAACACGAGGACGAGGACGAGGAUGAGGAGGACGAAGACGACGCUGACGAGGACGGCGAAGAGGCGAGCGACGUGGAAGGGUUUACGUCGGCAUUUGGCCCGCUCAUCGACCCGACGUCGAGGAUCGUAUUUCCUGGCAUCCUCCCAAGUUCGUCCGCGACGGCCAUCCUGCUUGGGACGCGCAUGCCCUUCACUGCCGACGGAGUGGCGUGUUCUGUCGGACUGUAUGUGGACGCGGUCGCCGCCACCACCCACCUCGUGCGAUUCAAGGGCCUUUCCUUCGGCAGCAUCGCAUCCGACCCCGACUUCUUCGUGGCGUUUACGACUGGCGCGUUUGAAAAGUGCCUUCGCUUCGUCUCGACGACGGCCGUCCCGCUCGCGUCGAUGGUCGCGCUGCUGUCCACGUUGCUCCAGAACGCGCAUUGUGUGCUGGAAGCGCAGGCCGUGGACGAGUUGAUGCGGCCGCAUGCGCAGACGCUGUUGAACGUAGGGGACGCCGUCAUGGUGGCCAUCCACAGCAACGGAACGUUCCAUGUCUCGGUCGAGUCGGCCGGGUCGGUCAUUCCUCUGACAGCCAUGAAGGAUGCUGCGCUGACUGUAACGCAGCAAGUCGCGGUCGGUGCGGCGAUUCAGAGCGUGUUCUACGGCUACCAUGCUGCUGACGUGCGGGCGCGCGCCCAACUCAUGCAGCGGCUACCGGCGCUGCUCGAUUUGGCCAAAGCCGACGGACGAGUGCACACAUACCACGAUGAAAUCGUCGUGCUCAAAGAAAACUACAACCGACUGACGCCCGCGAGCCGCAUCAAGGUCGGGUACUUGUGGCUGUACAACAAGCAGCGGCGAAAAGUUGUGCUGACCAAGUGGUCGCGGCGGUGGUGUCGCCUGGAUGGUGUCGUGCUGUCCAUCUUCUCGAACAAGAAUAAAGCAGCUCGGCGGCCCAAGGAAGUCGUGGUACUGUCGCAGUGUCAAGUGCACGACCUGUCCUCGCACGAAGAUAUGCUGGUCGAGCUGAGGAAGCUCCAUCACAUUGCGUUCGUGUUGGGCAUUACGCUUGUGUCGGGGAAAGUACUCGUGCUGCGAGCGGACACUGUCGCAGAAGGAACAGAGUGGCUCGAGGCCUUGACAGCGGCAAGUCGAUUGCCAAUCAAGCUAGCGCCGCCGUCGAGUCGCACCGCCACAACUGCUUCGUCAUCUACAGAAGUGUUUGAUGCGCCGGCAUCUCUUGUGUUGAACAAUCCCUCAGUUCGAAGAGACGGAGACGACGACGAUGACGAGGACGAGGACGAGGAAAGGAAGUGGAACUCUGCUCCUGCUGCAAUCGCUGCAGUGCCCAUGAAUGACGACGGGAUGCAACGACAGGACGUCGGGUCUCUCAUCCUGUGGCUAAAAGAAGACCCGCGCAACCAGAUCCUGCUCGCGCUCCUCAGUCUGCUCGUGUGGGCUCUCGCGCCACCCGACUCGGCACCCUUGUUCGAGUGAACAUGCGCACCCAUGAUUUCGAACAGCAGACAAUGAUUGGCUUAAAUCACGUAUUUAUGUCCAAUCAAAUGUUAUGAUCCCA